AUGGCGAUGUAUGAGCUUCUCAAAGACUUCCCAAUGUUGUUCUCGGGCUUGAGAGUUCUCUUUGUAAAGGAGUGGGUUGAUUGGUUUAGGAUAAAGCUUGCUUUGAAACACCAUCCAGACAAAAACCUUGAUAAUCCAGAUGCAUCUGAUAAAUUCAAAGAGAUCAAUAAUGCUCAUUCAAUACUGUCAGAUAUAACCAAACGAAACAUUUAUGAUAAAUAUGGUUCACUGGGACUGUAUGUCGCUGAACAAUUUGGUGAAGAGAAUGUGAACACGUACUUCAUGCUGUCUAGCUGGUGGGCAAAGGGCCUGUUUGUGUUCUGUGGGCUGAUCACUGGCUGCUACUUCUGCUGCUGCCUCUGCUGCUGCUGUAACUGCUGCUUUGGUAAAUGCAAACCCAAGUCCCCAGAGGGCGAAGAAUAUGAUUACUAUGUCUCACCAGAGGACCUGGAGGAACAAAUCCGCACAGACAUGGAGAAUGAUGGGGAGAUUCCAAUUGUGCUUCAGCCUACAAAUGCAAAUGAGAAAACUCAGCUCAUUGGCGAUGGUCGACGUAGCUACAACACAGAUGGGUAGAAUUUAAGAGAGCAACAAGCUGUGCUGAAAUUCUAGGCAACUGUUACAAUGUGGACAUGCCAUGCAGUGUGGUUGUAUUUUCUAUUUGGUAAAUGACAUUAUCAACUACUGGUCUUGAUAUUACACAAACAACCACUAUCAAUAGUUACCACUGCGGUGAAAGCAGUUUGAAAACCCACCUUCAAGCAAAGUCCUAAAUUGCUCUAAAAACUUCUAAAUUAUAUAUUUUUUUCUCACUUUACUUUAUAACGUUAUUUGGAAUCAAACACUCCAUUAUUUGAAAAACUUUUGCUGACUGUCUUUAAUAUAUUUUCUCUGUCAAAUAUUUAUCAUAUUUUGUAAACCACAUAACCAGAUUGCGCCUUUUUGGAUAAGCAGAUGUAUUUUAUUCAAUGAACUCCAAAUAACGUGAGGCUGGAGAUGAAAACUAACUCUCAUUUCCACUUUACUAGCUAGUCAUUGCCUCAACAAUAAAAAAGUUAAAAAUAAUGUUUUUACUACAAAAUAUUGCAGUAAUUCUGAUACUUGCUCUUGAAUUGUUUGUGGUUGGAACAUUGUCAUUGCACCUCUGAAAGUAAUAGACUCACUGACCUUGUUACUGCUGUAACAAUGUCUGCAUGUCUGCAAGAAGUAAGGCCAGCACUUUUAUUAUUUAUAGCUUAGAAACUCUUUGUGGAGUACAAGUGAACUGUGCUAGAAAUUUUAGCAAGGUGCCUUAGGUCAAAAAAUCAUUAAAAGGACUUGAAUAGAUACUGUAUAGGAAUUAUUUAAUAUGGAGUAGAGAAUGUAAUAUAUUUCAAACCUGUCUGAAUAAUAACUUCAGAUUAGUCAUCUCCAUUUUAGCUUCCUGAUUGCUGGGUAUGCUUUUGUAACUUUAAUAAGAUAUGCAUUUCUCAUUAAAUAAAUUUCUAUUUUAGUGAACAAUAGGAUUAGAGAAAUCUACAAAACCAUAGCAAGUUGAAUUCCCUGCCCUCUUGGAAGUAAAAAUAUAAUUUUGUUAGUUUAUUGUCGUACUAACAUCUUACUAACAGCAAAAACAAAUGCAUCUGCUUUCCACUUGCUCAUGGAGCAGAUGUAGAUAUGUAUUAAAAUUGUAUUGGAUUGUCAUGCAAUCCUGAAUGUUGUUCCUUACAUCCACUGACAUCAAAAGCACAUAUCCAGCUUGCACUGUAGGGUUUUUUACAAACCACCUUGAGCACAAAGUUGUAAAAGAACCCCUUUUGUAUAAAGUUUCCCAGCCUAUGAAAUUUUUCAUUUUGUACCCUACAAUGAGGGUGUGAUUCCAAAUAAAUUAUGUCACAAUUCUACAUAAAAGUUUACAAUUUUCAUAUGCCCCAAUCAGCAGAAAACCUUGAUGCCCACCAACGCAUACUAAACUUGUACUAGGGGGUGCGACUCCCCACUUCAAGCAUUCAGAUAAUCCAGCCUAUUUUUGUCACCAGACACAGAACAGAGUAACCAUAUGCAUGUGUAUCUCUCUACAUGUAACAUUUUGGAUUGAUGGACAAUUUAAUUAAUUCCUAUUUAAACAAAAAGACAAACAAAUAUUAUAAAUUAGAUCUUCUACUUUUGAGUAGUAGAGGUUACUAAAUAGCAACAUGACUUUUCUUUUUGGAAAUAAAUUACAUUAAGUUUUUCUUGAGGCAACUACGCAAUCUUAAUGUAUAUUUAACUUUAGAAGAUGAUCUGCUUAAAAAUAAGUGGUUUCGAAAUUAUCAGUUGAUUUAUUUACUUUUCUCUUGUAAGUUGUUGUAGUUAAUGCAUUAAGAUAUAAUAGCCAUCUGUGUGUGAUGCGAUUUAUAUUUUGCACAAACAUUUUAUUUGUAAAGACAAAAACCUUGCAUGGUUAACUUUCCUUUGUUAAAUCCUCUGUGAGAAUAUUGUUUGCACGCUGCAUUUAAAUCAGCUGUGAAGAAAGUGUAAUUUUAAGGUUUGAUUGUUCCGAUAUCAGCCCAGUUCAUAUUUCAGGUAGUUUCAGGUGUUCUUUGUUGUAAGUUACCACCUUUGGCCACUGUACUUGCCUGGAACAAAUAUAUAUGGUAUUCAGAUGAUGUAGUUUCUACUUACUUCCUUAAAUGUACUGAAGUGAAACUCUUGAAUGUAUAUGCAAGCUGACAUCCUAUUCUUGAACAUUUCCUUGGCAUAAUUUCAAGGUUCCAGUGAUCGGGAACUAUUGUAUUUGAUACAGGUGAAUAUCACCUUCAUUUUUGCAGGCCUCCUAAGAUUCACCAACUUGACUGUGACCAGAUACAAAGUGCCCUACGAUUACUUGUCACUUUUGAGGCAGUGUUACGUGUCUAUUUAAUUUCUUUACUGUUUACCCAUUACAAUGUGUAGGUGGUGUGAAUGAAAAAUAAAAGGGGAUAUAAGAAACCAACCGAAUUUUCUGACAUGUAAACUGCAAUGUACAGUACUUUGAAACACGCACGCUACGUGCUGAACGUUUGUUAGUGGCAUUUAGUGUGUUGUUACCAUUCUCUCCACCUCUAGCUGUGAAACCAAAAUAGUAACAAUGUUAAAAAGUACAUUCUUUAAGAACAAUCUAAAUUCUGUCUGUUCCAUUUAACA